AUGGACUCUAAUCCAAGUGGAAGUGAUGGGGUUAGGGUACCAAGUGACUCCAAUCAAGUUCAAGUAAGAGAUGAACAAGUAAGAGAUGGUGGAGAAUCAAUGACAGCAAAAAAGAAGAGGAAAACAUCACUUGUUUGGAAUGACUUUCAUGAAGUUGAACUCCCUGAGGGUGGGCGAAAAGCAGUUUGCAACUAUUGCAAAUGUAGAUUUGCUAUUGGUGGGAAUGGAGGUAGCACUAGCCAUUUGAGGAGGCAUUCACAAAAUUGCUUGCAAUGGAAAUUAAACCAAGCACGACAUAAGCAAUCCACUCUAGCGUUUCAAUUGACAAAUUCUUCCUUGAACCCUUUCCUUACACCCGGAGGUAAGUAUUCUAAUGAAAAGAUGAGAGAAAUUAUUGCUACUGCUAUUAUGGUUCAUGAGUAUCCUUUUAGCAUUGUGGAUGAUACAAUUUGGAUGUGGGGCUUUAAGUUUGCUAACAAUGAAUUUGACAAAGUCUCGCGUCAGACAACAAAAAAUGAUUGCAUGAAAAUGUAUGAGGUAGAAAAAAAAAUUCUUAAGGCUUUACUGAUAAGUGUGAAUAGGAUCAGUUUAACCACUGAUAUGUGGAGAUCUAGUCACCAAGUAGCUGAAUAUAUGGUCAUCACUUGUCACUUUGUUGAUUCAGAAUGGAAUUUACAAAAAAGAGUUUUGAGUUUUGUUAAAGUGCCACCUCCAAGGCAUGAAGUUGAUGUUUCUGAUGCAAUUUUUAAAUGUUUGCAAUUAUGGGGUAUUGAAAGUAAAGUAUUUUCAGUGUCGGUUGAUAAUUCUGCUACGCGCAAGGCAAGGCGUUCUCUGCUGUUGUUAUGUGGAAAUUUCAACAUUUUGUUUUCCAGAUGGUCCCAAAGUGAGAAUGGAAAAUCUGCAGUAAGAGCUCUGAAUUUGGUUGGAUGCAAAUGGUUGAGCCUAUGA